CAACGAUAAUUCCAGCACUCCGUAUCUGUGGGAUGAAGGCCUUGAAGGGGCUUCCUACUUGGAGGAGCUACUUGGAUUUAACUUAAAAGCAUUCAUUAUCAUAUAAUUCUAGUCUGUGCGUGUCUUUCCGUGCAGGCAGUGUCGAUCCAUUCUACGGCGGACCUCACUCCAUAAUGCCCCAGCAUGAGAUCGAUGCGGGUGACGAUUCCCCGAAGAAUCAGCAGCAUCCGAUUGCAACACAUCUAGAGAUCAAUCGUGAUACGGAUCAAGGCGAUACAGAGACGAAUGUGACAGCCACACAAGCUCCUUCAGCGGCUUUGGACAGGGAUGAAUUUGGUCUUCCCCUUCUACCUUCUCACAGCUCUCUCUCGGCCAGGAAAGACCAAGAUACGGAUAGUCGGUCCAAUCAUCAUGAUGCCAAGCCGGAGAUUGAAGAGGGAAACAUCACAACAGAUGUUGUCAAUGAGACGAAUAUAACGGAGGGAUCUAGCAAUGUGCAGGAAGAAAACCCAGAGAGGAAGAAUGCUGCUACGAAUUCGGAAGCAUUUUCCCAAACGGAGGUGGGCGGAAAGCUCGAAACACCCAAGGAGGAACACACAUAUCCCAGUGAUUCGACUCCUCCAGACUACACGCACGCCCCUGCCGAGAUCCUGCCGACAAAGACAACCGACACUUUUCGAGAACAAGUUCCCGAAGCCUCGGAAGUGGAGAUUAGGCCAGAGGAAAAGCAAGAGGAAAAGCAAAAGGAUGACCAAGCCCACGAUGAUACAAAUAUUGAGGUUCCAGGUCAUAGUCAUAAAGCUAGCACAGGCCAUGUAUCGGAAUGGUCUCAUCAGCAGGUCGCUGCAUCUCACGAACCAGAAGAGAAAUAUAAUAUAGACGAGGAUGACUGGCAAGAAAUGCCCGCUUACGCGCCAUACGAUAUCUACAAUGAUGAUGGGAAACUCAUUGCCAAAGAGGCGGCGGAGUCUGACAAUGAAGGCAAUUACGGCCCUGGUGGCAGAGGGUACACGCGCGUGCAGAUAGAUGAGGACGCAAAAUCGACUACCAGCAUGGACGAAAAUACGAAAUAUCUCUUUAAGGAAAAUGGCACCAACGUGGCAGAUGAAGAUGAAGACUUACGAGAUGCUCUGUCUCAGAUGCAGGUCACAAAAGAUUUGCUUACAGAAGGACAGAAGAUUGCAUAUGUUGGACUGACCAGACUUGCAAUGAUUGAGAUGGUUAAAGAGCUCGAAGCAAUGCCGCAAAGAAAGUCUACAAAAUCAGAACUGGUUAUUGCCACUGAGUCGAUCAAAAUGUGGAGUCAAAAGAUGACUCUACGGCUAUACACACACAUGGAUAUCAGCUCUGAAGAGCAAAUCAUGAUCGAACAGUUGGCAGAGCACGGGGUUGUUGCAGCGGAUCUCACGCCCACGCUUCUGCAAAACUCACGUGUAAAGAAUCCCAUGGCUGAAAAAAUCCCGUCAAAACCUCCGUCAAGCGUGUCACCCAGACCGUCUAGUACUGAGCUGGAGCGCAAAUCCUCCACUCCGUCAUCCUACUUUGAAGGGUAUUCUGAGACUCCUCCUCCACCUCCAUACCAAGAGCACGAGGGAGAUGACCUGCCAGAAGUCCGGACCCCUAACCAGCUGCCCUCGACAAAGAAUAUCGACAUUGACCUCCGCUGGACCGUUCUUUGCGAUCUUUUCCUGGUUUUGAUCUCCGAUUCAAUCUACGACUCGCGUUCUCGUGUCCUUCUCGAGCGGGUUGGCAAUUACUUGAGUAUUCCUUGGAUAGAUAUCUGCAGAUUUGAGAAACGAGUCACCGAUGCGCUAGAAAUGGAAGAAGCGGCAGCUGCGCAGAAGGAAAAUUGGACCGAGGAAGAGCAUAUGGCAGCGCGCAAGAAAGCUGGAAUGAAGCGACGAAUGGUCAUGAUGGGUCUUGCCACUGUAGGAGGUGGUCUCGUAAUCGGCCUCUCUGCUGGUCUUCUGGCUCCGGUCAUUGGUGCUGGACUUGCCGCCGGUUUCACGACCAUUGGUGUUGCCGGUACCGGUACCUUUCUUGCCGGUACAGGCGGCGCAGCUCUCAUUACCACGACUGCCGCCUUGUCAGGUGGUGCCAUUGCCGUCAGAGCAUCCCAUAGAAGAAUGGGGGCUGUCAAGACAUUCGAAUACCGGCCACUGCACAACAACAAGCGCGUUAAUCUAAUAAUAACGGUCGCUGGAUGGAUGAAUGGAAAGGUUGACGAUGUCAGAUUACCCUAUAGUACGGUGGACCCCAUCAUGGGUGAUCUCUAUUCGGUUUUGUGGGAACCGGAGAUGCUUCAGAGCAUGGGUGAUACUAUAAAUAUUUUAGCCACGGAGGCUCUCACGCAAGGAUUGCAACAAGUGCUGGGCAGCACCGUCUUGGUUGCUCUUAUGGCUUCGUUGCAGCUCCCCAUUGUUUUGACCAAGCUGUCGUAUCUCAUUGAUAAUCCAUGGACAGUCUCUCUUGACAGAGCCAAUGCGGCCGGCCUUAUUCUCGCUGACUCGCUCAUUGACCGAAACCUCGGCGUUCGUCCUAUCACUCUGGUUGGAUUCUCAUUGGGUGCCAGGGUCAUCUUUUCUUGCCUAAGAGAGCUGGCAAGCCGGGGCGCCUACGGCCUGAUUCAGAACGUCUAUCUCUUUGGCUCGCCAAUUGUGGCAAAGAGGGACGAAUAUCUUCGCGCAAGGGCUAUAGUGUCUGGGAGAUUCGUCAACGGCUAUGCAACAAAUGACUGGAUUCUGGGCUAUCUGUUUCGCGCCACCAGUGGUGGUAUAAUGCGUGUAGCAGGGUUGGCUCCAGUUCUCGAUGUUCCAAGGCUGGAAAAUAUAGAUGUCACGACGAUCGUUCCUGGACAUAUGGCCUAUCGUUCUGCUAUGCCUCGACUGCUGAGGGAAGUCGGAUGGCUUGUCGAAAGUGAUGAAUUUGCCGAAAUUGAAGACCCUGACCCUGAAAACCAUCAAGCUCGGCAACGAGAACUCAUUGCAGAAAUCGAUGAAGCGCGUAAAAAGCUUGACGACAAACCCAGCAAGAAAAUAUUUGGGCUAUUCAAUCGCAAAAAGAUGGCCGAAAAGAAGGGCUGGGAAACCUAUGAUGACACCGUCCGAACGGGCGGCGGUGGUUCCACUGCAAGGUCUAGCGCUGAGGGGCAGCAUCAAGGUUACGAUCCGGUAUUAUUUGAUAUCGAUGCUAUUCGGGCCGAAUUGGCCAGCGAGCAAGUUGAAGUGAGACAACUUGAAUCGACUUUACCACCUAUGAAGCUCGAUCUUAGUCCACCAAAGGCUGCUAGCACUGGCUUGCCGUCUCGGCCAGUUUCAGGUCUCAAGGAGUCAAUGAGCUAUGACUCAGGCCUAGCACAACGCUCGAGAUCCGAAGCUGCGUCACCUCUACCUCCCUUGCCUCCAACGUUUAACAGCAGUCCCGGUGGGACCACUGAAGCUGCCUCAGCAAGUCAAGACAGUCACCGCAUUUUGAAGGAGUCGUAUUUUGACUAUGACGAUGAUAACUUUCUCCAUGGAGAAAGUAGCAACAUACAAAUGUCGUUUGAGCCUCCGGCCGGGGGUAGUUCAAAUCCAUCUCCGCUGUCUAGGUCUACUACCACCACUACUCUGCCGACUUUUUCGGACGUGUCAUCUCAGCCGCCGCUUAGACCAGAAUUACGAUCAUCAGUGACGAUGCCGGCGACGUUUGGUGUUGCAGAACAAGACGCGUGGGCCGACGAUGAGCACGACGAAUUUGGCCAUGAAAAGGAAAUUCAACUCAGCUUUGAAUAAAUACCUGGCUUGAUAUUUAUUUUUCCGUUACAGAAUUUAUACACAAAUGGCACUAGAGAAGAUUUGGGGCAUUGUCAGGCUUUUCUCGAACAUGUUAUGGCGUGUUUUUCUUUCCCCUUGCAUUCUCUUAUCAAUUUUGCUCUGCAUCUAUUUAGCACUUUAUGGUUGCAUUACAGGGGCGUUGAGGUGUGGCAUCAUAUUUACCUUUCUGAUUACAUUUUCCGAACUUUUCUUUUUCACUUUUUUUCCCUUCAAAUAUCCUUGUUUGUUACAUAAAGUGUAUGUGCAUAUCGUCUACACUUGUUCCAUUUCCUGUAUCUAUUUCAAAUUUUCAAUGCUCGACGUUUGAAUUCAUUAUUUGCAUUUCGUUCCGCGCUGAAAGGCACUAAACACAG